AUGUCUAGCUCCUUCACCUGGUUGAUUACAGGAGCCUCUCGAGGGAUCGGAUUGGAGAUAACCAGACAACUAUCAACCUCGUCUUCUAACGUUGUCAUUGCGACUUGCCGGAAUCCCGAAGGCGCAACAGCACUCCAGGCACUUAAAGGUGAUGCGAAGGGAGAGAUGCACAUCGUGAAACUAGAUAUUGUCAGCGAGGCAUCCAUUCGUGAAUCUGUGCCUCUUGUUGGGAAGAUUCUUGGGGAUCGAGGGUUGGACUAUCUCUACAACAAUGCUGCAAUUACUGAAGGCAACGACUCGGCGUUCGACUUCUCGUAUUCUGGAUUACUGCAGACGCUUCAGGCCAAUGUCGCGGGCCCGGCACUGCUGGCCCAGGUAUACCUGCCCUACCUCGAACAGGGCAAGCGCAAAGUUAUUGUAAACGUCACGAGCGGGCUUGCGAGCAUCGGCACCGAUUUCGGGGCGAAGAAUGCGACAUACAGUCUCAGCAAGACGGCGCUCAAUAUGCUUGCCUACAAGCAAGCCAAGGCGCGGCCAGACUUCAUUGCGUAUGUCGUCGAUCCUGGAUGGGUGAAGACAGGCGAGUCGUUUGAUAUGGGUGGUGCAGGCGCGAUCAUGGAGCCACACGAGACUGUGUCGAGGCAAUUGAAGAUUGCAACGACAGUGACAUUGAAUGACUCUGGAAAGUUCUUCAGACACGAUGGAGAAGAGAUCCCUUGGUAG